AUGCUCGGAUCUACUUUUACCGUGACCCCAAUCGAACGAACUCUGGAGCAGAAGUUCAAUUUCGGAGCCCGAGUGACCGGUGUGGAUCUAAAUAACAUCUCUGACGAGGAUGUCGAUCGUCUAAAGGAUGCUGUCUGGCGUCACAAGGUUAUCAUUGUAAAAGCUCAACACAAUCUGGAUCCCAAAAAGCAAUGGGAGCUAGUGACUCGGCUCGAUCCAAACGCACGCGAUGGUCACAGUCAUGGUGAUCUAAAGACAUUCCGAGCUAAGGGAGGACUUCUCGCACAAGAAAGAGAGGUAGUCGGAAUUCCUGGCGCGGAAAAUGUUCGCCUAAUUGGCAAGGGCUUCCAAGGAGAGAACCACUUUGGAAUUGAAAAUCACACCAUUGAGCGUGGACUCAGCAACGACUUCCAUGCCCUUCCGCCAUCGAUCGCAGAUUUUGAAAGGGGUAUCACACGUUUCCAGCGCUGGCACAUUGAUGCCCCGUUGUAUGGGAAAGAUCCGGCGUGGUUCACUACCCUACGUUGCAUUACGCUCCCCAAAGGACCCGAUGUUACCAUCGAGUGGGCUGACGGGUCAGGCCAAACUAUGAAAUCAUCACCUGGACAGACUGCAUACUUCAGUACUACUCAGUUGUACCAACUGCUUUCUCCGGAGGAACAAGCGCUGGCUGAUCAUAGCUGGGUUGAAUACGCACCAUAUCCAUACAAGUGGGUCGGGAAUUGCAAGGGAAAUUCAAAUGGUCUAGGUCUGGCAGAAGGAGGUGAGCGCUUAACGAUGGAAGAGCUUGGAGAAUAUGAUCCGAGCGCAGUGAAGAAGGUACGAAAUGAAUCUCUCGAGUUCUUUUCCUUCGAAAAAAAGUUUGCUAAACUCACUAUGCAGUACCCUUUGGUCUGGGUGAAUCCUCUUACUGGCGAGAAGGCCUUUCAGGUACAUGGUAUAUGUGCUCAAAAGCUUUAUUUGCGUCGGUCACUGGACGAAGAGCCUCGAGUUAUAGAAGAUAUUACCGAGAUCCGGAAGUUCCUCUUGGAGAUCCAAAAUCGAGUCUUGAAGCCGGAGUAUAUUCUGUUAGCACCAGUCGAAGAAGGGGAUAUGGCUAUUUGGGAUAAUUAUGGACUUUUUCACUCGGCUGUUGACUACCCUAUCAGUAUGGGUCCAAGAUCAAUGCAUCAGGCAAACAUCAGUGGCAGCAUUGGUCCGAAAGGUCCUGUGCCGAUCCCAAUGAUGGCUUAA